AUGCUGUUGCAGGGUGAGCAAGCAGGAACUCGCAUAUCCUGCUGCCCACCUGGGAUUCGCCACGCUCGACAGCAGCAGCCGACCAUAGGCCAAAAUAGGCUGCCCACCAUGCUGAACGAUAAGGAACUCGAAGCCGCUGCUAAUCGGCUGGCCGCUUAUCGCACGAGUGACGCCCUCAAUGACAUUCUAACCCACUACGAUACCCUUCUGAACAACUACAAGCUCCUCAAAAGCGACUACGAGGAGGAGCGAGAGGCCCGAGAGCGCUGGAAGCAGCAAGCCCGUGGCCAGGAGCGCAACCCUUUCGUCCUCGUCCUUGUUGACGCUGAUGGCUAUAUUUUUAAUGAUGAAUUAAUCGCUGCCGGCCACAACGGUGGCGGUCAAGCCGCCCAGCUGCUGAACCACACUGUCAAGGCCAGCCAGGAAAAGAAGGGGCUGGAACACUGCGAGACCAUGGUUCGCGUCUACGCCAACGUGGCCGGCUUGUCCAAGGCCCUCGCCAAAUGGGGCCUCUUGGGAGCCGACAAACGCUCGCUGGGCCCUUUCAUUGCAAACUUCAACAGGUCUUACGGCCUUAGCGAUUUCGUCGACGCUGGAGAAUUCAAAGAGAAUGCCGACUUCAAGCUCCGCGAGAUGCUCAGGCUCUACGCCGAGAACACCCAGUGCAAACAUAUCUAUUUUGCCGCCUGCCACGAUGCCGGAUAUGUCUCACAACUCACCGCCUAUCGAGGUCAAAAAGACCGCUUCACCCUAAUCAAGGCCCCUUCUCUUCACUUCCACGACGAAUUCGCAAAGCUUGGUCUGUCAAUUGAAGAGCUGCCCGGCGUCUUCAGGUCCGCUGGCUCCGCUAUGGAUGCCUUAUGCCCGAAGCCAUUGCAGUCAGCAGGAAAACCUUACUUAUCUUUAUCUACGGCUAGAACUCAGACCGUAGGGCUGAAGGAGACAUGCACGUUCCACUCAGCCGGCAAAUGCAUUUAUGGCGAGUACUGCAAGAACCUCCAUGUUGGUCCAACGCCUUUGGUAAUGCGCCGAUCCAAACUGAGUUUGUCUCCUUGGCGGAACGGAAGUGAAGCUUAUAACACCAUUGAUUAUUCUUUGCCUGAUACGUCACACGGCGCUUCCAGCCGAAGCUACCUACAGAAACCCCAUCCAUUCGCCGAGCUGCCGAGGAGGGAUGAGAUGCCAGACGGUUACGUUGCCAUCAAUAGAGCCCAGCAGCGCCUCGACGCUUACAUGCCCGUCCCAACGCCUGAGUCCGAGGCACGCCUCAAAGUUAGGUCCGCCGUCAAGCGACUCUGCAAUACUAAAACUCUAACAGGUUCUUGCACCAAUCCGCACUGCGAGUACGACCACGGCCCGCUCGACGAGGACCUCGUCCCCACACUCGAGUGGCUCGCCAGGUCCAUACCCUGCCCUCGCCGUGAGAAGUGUCGCAAUGCGGCUUGCACGGCGGGUCAUCUUUGCCAGAAGCCGGACUGCAAGAAUCGCGGCGGUAAAGUCUUUUGCAGAUUUACCUGGGGUAUGCACUUUGAUGACCUCGCUGUCGACCGGUAUUUGCCUGCAAUUUCGAAUAGGCAAACUGCGUCACCGCGCGCGCAGCAUACCACGCCCCUACCAUCCGACCAUGCAAAUUUAGACACAAAUGGAGACGGAGCUGAUGGUGAAGAUGAGAAAGAGGGUGAAGAAACCUCAAGCGCUAACGGCGGCUUAUCUGUGGACACGUUGUGA